AUGGCGAACCUCGAAGCUCGUGAAGACGAGGUCAUCCUCCAAAGCUUGUUCCGAUGCUGUAUGAAGCUCUGCCUUCUCGAAACAGGAAUUCAUGGACGCGAUGUGCCACAAACACGGUCACAGUACCGUAAGAAUGUGGCGAGUCCGCUACAAACAUCUACAGGCAACUUCACAGCAAUGUCAAACCCCCGAGCGAAAGCAGCACCAGCAUCCCAAACCAAGCCUCCCGUCUACAAGAAUCCUGCAACCAAAGUCCCUGCACCUUCACGAACACCAGCCCGAGCAGCAUCAGCACCAGGAAAACCACGACCCGGCGGCCUGAAACCGACUCCAACCAAGAACCCUUCUGCUGCUGCUCGUCCACCUGCACAACCCGCAAAAGCCAACAACUGGAUCAACCGUACCGUCCAAAGCUACGUGCAGAGCUAUGGCAACUACGUCGGAGGCUACGUCAAUUCCAUCGGCACGGGAGUGAACAAAGUAGGAGAAGGCAUCAGUACAAGUAUCUCGAACACGACACGCGGAUGGGGUCAGGGAGUGGCAGGAUAUGGUAACAAUAUCAAAGAUCAAGUGGGCGUGGGAGGUCCGCGUGUGGCCACAGCGGGAAAUCCUCUAGGUUUGGCGGGGACGGGCAGUGCCACGAAGAGCUUGCCUGCGCCGAAGAAGAAGCCUGCGGUGAAUAAGAGGGCUGGUCCUGGAAAUCCGCUGGGCUUGUAGGAGCUCGUAGUGCCCGAGGAAGCACGAUGGGGUGAAGGGAAGUAGCAUAUGAGAGGGUAACCUUCGACAGAGGAAGGCAUUGAAGGGAAUUACAGUACGAUGUGGCAAUAAAAUGACGGCAUCUGGAAUUGACAUUGGAGAAGGGCGUAUUCCAGUUGUGUACAGGUAAUCUGGGAUGUCAUUUAGUGAAGUGCUUAAACUUAUAUUAUUCGUUCAAAUCUCAACCAUAUCAAAUUGAACAAUCCUGCGCUGAUGCUCAAGUCAAGACGCUGCUGCUGUUGUCGUAAAAGCGUCCCGUCAUCCCUGAAUUCCACGCUGUGCAAGUUGAAUCCCCAACUCCAUCGCUCGAACGCUACACUUUUUGUUCUGUGAUCCAUGUCUUCAUCCACUUAUGAGUGUGACUCCCGGCGAAGAGAGUGGUGGAGCCGCAAAGUUGUCCUCUGGUAUCGAAUCAUCGUCGCUUUCAUACGCUUGUGCAUCCUUCGCCUCCCCUUCAUCAUCACUACCAUCUUCAUCUUCCUCCUCCUCUUCCUCCUCCUCCUCCUCCUCGUCAUUUUCCAAGCCUUGGGGAAGCCGCCAUUCGUUGAACAAUCCCUCAAUCCAUCGCUUACUCUGUGGCAAGUGAUAUGGAUCGAAUGGGAAGUAAGCUUCCAGCUGGUGGUGCGAAUCGCCAGUCUUGCGAUCCCACGCGGUCUCUCUUCGGCCAAGAUCCACUCCUCCUGUGAGACUGUACAACUGAGGAGCUUGCCCAAGUCGUACACGCUUAUUUCUCUCAAUCAAAGAGAAAACGUAAAGGAAUCGCAGGUGCCACGCAAUCUUUGCAAACUCACCAACAAUUGCUGGCGAGCAGACCUUCAACGGAUUGAGAGCUGACAUGAUGUUGCGAUUCAAGGUUUCCUUGACCCCUGCUAUCCACGGCAGGUCACGCUGCUCCGCAAUUAUAUCUUCCUCCGUCAUGUCACCAAGCUUAGUGGGGUCAACCAGAUCGCGCCAUCGAAAGCAGAAAAUGUAGAGCAGCGCCUGCGCAAUCGCGUAGUACAUGCCGUACAUCUUUCGAUCUGGACCGUGACAGUUUGGCUCGUACAUAUAUCGCAAGUCGUCCAUGACCCGACCAAGUUCGGCGAAGACCCUUUGCACGAGAUGCAUCGGCAAAUGCGACGCUCGGGCUGUAAAGCUUGCGACAUAUGCGCAUGCUUGCAAACGGAGAGGCGCUGCCACGUCUCGAUCAGUUGUCCUUUUGAUAAAUCGAUUGAUGAAGUCUUCGGAGUAUGCAGAUGAGUACUGCGCAAAGUGGAACAGCAAGAACUGUGCAUGCCUCGAGCGAUGCGGCAUGAUAAAGUUGUUAAAGUGAGAUAGCAAUUCCUGAUAGGCGUCGUUUGUUCGCGGCGACGACUUGGGUGUGAAGGCUGGUUGAUAAUGCUCAAACAGCAAGUCUUGAGUUCCGUCCAUCUUGGCGACCUUCAGUCGAAGCUCUUUCAAUCUCAUCUCCUCAUUUGUUGUGGUCAUCUCUGACUCGGACACCGAGUCAUCGUCGCUGUCGUCGUCAUCAUCUGCUGCACCUCCUGGGGUCCUAUGGUCGCGCUGUAGCAAUCGCUCUUCCGCGUCGUCUUCCAGGUCCUCAAUAUCUUGUUGUAUCUGUACGUCAAUAUCAACCAAGCGCUGCAUGAUCAACGACAUGAUCUCGCCUUUGAUCUCGGGAAUUUCUUUGGCCAAUCGAAGCAUGUGCCGCUGAUACUGUAGGUAUCCUUUGGCACUUGACAUGUCGUUGGGAAACUGAUUCUUGAGCAUGCGAAGCAGAGCACUGCUUGUCGAGGGCACACGUAAGAUUAUGGUUCCGAUGACUUCGUGCAGUCUCUCAAACAUGGUCGUCCGAUCGAUUAGGUCUUCGCCCGGAAGUCUACCCAUUGAUGCUGGGAGCCUCUCGAAAUUUGAGACCAGUCUCUCCAUCAUGGGCAUUGUGAAUUUGCCGUGAGUGUUGGCCAGUACACGUAGAAACUCCUCGUAGAUCCGCGCAAACUCCGCGUCCCGUCCAAGCCAUGAGAGGUCGAGCACAGCCAGGACCAGCUUGCUGCACUGGCCCAGAACGCUAAUAUGAGAGCCCAUGGCCAGUAUGUACUUCUUGAGCAGGUUCGUGGUUGGCGCAUCACUCGAGUAAGCGUCCUCACCGAGAACUUGCAGCAGCUUGGCGUACUCCGCAUCAUCGUGUGCCUCACCAGGUGCGAGAUGACUGUGAAGAGCUGCUCGCACCUUUUCCUUGACCCAUGCGAAGCUCUUGUCCGUGUCGUCGCCGAUGAUCCUUAUCUCUACAUCGUCACUAAACUCGACCUUCAGCCGUUUGGUUGUGUGUGAGAGGGCAGCCUCAUCGUCGGUGUCUAGAUGGGAAGAAUCGCGCUUCAAGCCCAUCGUGGGACGCUUCGGAAGUGGUGUUGGAGGCGGCAGCAUCGUGCCGCCAACGGGAGCCGCAAGGGAGACCAUG